AUGGAGUCAAAUUCAUCCAAGCAGGCGGCCUACAAUGAGACGCUACACAAAAUCUACAACAGCCUAGAAAACACGCUCAACACUUUCGGGCCUGCCUCGAAGCAGUAUCAAUGUGUUCUUGAGAUCCUCAAACAAUGUCUCCGAGAUAUCGAAGAUGCCAAGAUGAAAUACGCCGAACCGGUUGUCGAUCCGGAUAUGUUGAGUUUGGCGAUGGGUUUUCUUGAGAUCAAAUAA